AUGCGGUCGUCGGCCCUUCUGCUCGCUGCGCUUCCCACACUCCUCGCCUUUGCGUCGCAGCCAGCCCCGGAGUGCGAGGGCCCCACGAAGCCCGAAUGGCAUAGCUCCUUCCCACCAAAGGAGCUCCUCGCGCCGCUCAUGGGCCGCGGGCCCGGAACCUCAUCGCACCAGGACAUCUCGGAUUGGUAUUUAGCCAAUCUCCCGGACCUUCCCGGUCCGCCCGAGAUGACGCCGAAGGAGAUCGAGAUGGCGAAGAUGGGCGUGGUCGACUAUAUUGAGGCACGCAAGGCAGGGACGGUGACCUGCGAGGAGUACGUCUCCUUGCUGGUGAUGCGCCUCCGCCACUACGCUUCGAUGAAUGCGUUCAUGUACCUAGACAACGACCCAACCUGGCCGGAGCGGGUCAUCGAAGCGGCCAAGGCGAUGGAUGCCAAGGCGGCCGCGGAGGGCCUCAACUCGAUUGCCCCGUUCUACGGCCUCCCGGUUCCGGCCAAGGGCACCAUGGCGACGGUUGACUUCAAGUCGUCGGCCGGGGCUGGCAUGCUGCAUGACAUGACCGCCCUUCAGGACGCCCAGAUGCUCAUCGACGUCAAGGCCGCCAACGGCAUCAUUUUCGGGAAGACCAAUGUGCCCGAGUUCGCGAGCUCCAUCAUCACCUGCAACUACGCGAGCGGUUGCACGCAGUCGCCCUUCGGCCGCCUCAUGUCAGCAGGCGGCUCGAGCGGCGGCUCGGGUUCGGCGGUGGCGACUCGCCUGGCGCCCAUCGCGAUCUCCGAGGACACGGGCUCGUCGACCCGCAUCCCCGCCACGCAAAACGGCAACUUCGGCUAUGACCCGACCCGCGGUCACUACGCGAAUGAUGGCAACCCUGGCUUCUCGUACGUGCUCGACCAGACCGGGUUGAACGCGCGGUCGAUGGAGGACAUCAUCGCUUUCGACAGCGGCUUGUACGGUUACAACGCCUCUCAGUUCGGCGGGAAGAAGAUCUCCGAGUUGCGCAUCGGCGUGCCCCGCCAUCCCUUCGUCGACAUGUACGUCCCGAAGUGCGCAAACCCCAACCAGAACUUUGGCUUCUACCAGUUCCCGUCGAUGAUGCGCCCGUCGGUUCCCUUCAUGGAGACGUACGAAAAGGCAAAGGUGGCGCUCGUGGCAGCAGGAGCGACGCUUGUCGACGCGGAGUACCCAGACGACGAUGGAGACGGCAACGACAACCUCGAUGAGGCUCUCUUCUGCAUGAAGAUGAAGGAGAGCGAUGAGCUGCCCGUCUCGUGGCCACUAGACAUCUUCCACACGGCGUACGGCCAGAUGUCACAAUGGCUCUACCAAUACCUCAACACCUCAAUCUCGAUGAAGGAUCUGAUCGAGGACACUUGGUCUGCUGGCGCGACUCACGCGGGCAUCGGCUUUCUCACGGCUUCGCUGUACACUGAUGAGCUCCACUACGUCUUUCUCAUGCAGGAGAUGCGCAAGAAGGCCAUACUCGCGUGGAACGAGUACAUGGACAAGAACAAUCUCGACCUCAUCCUCGCCACCGGCGCGUCGCACACGCAGGACUACCUGUGCUCAACCACAGGCACGUGCGACAUCCAGCUGCUCGACCAGGAGACGGGCGAGUUCUACACGGCACAGGCGGGAGCCUCCACGAACGCGCUCUUCACUCUCUUCCAGCACAAGAUCCUCCCGCUGCCAAAGGUCGUCGUGCCUGCCGGUGUCGACGCGACAGGCAAGCCAGUGCCGUACGAGUUCCUCGGUCGCGGCGGUCCAAAGGGCAUGCCCGCCGGAGAGAUUCCGUACGUUUACGACAAGGAGGGCCUGAAGACGGUCGAUGCGGGCUUCCUACAGGACGUCAAGGUUGCCGUGGACGCCAUCCAGGCAAAGGACCCAUCCCUGAAGCCGACGCCGCCCGACAUGCUCAAGGGCGCAGGGAAUUUGUUCUGA